AUGGAGAUGGGAGUGAGAAUGGAUCGACAUCAGAGCAAGGUUGGUCACCUGAAGAGGAGAGACGUGCGAAGCGAAAAGCUCGAUCGAGGAAACAUUGCCAAUGCUAUUACGGACGACUUUAUGGAAGAUGUUGGUAUUACCCAGAACCAAUUCAACGUCGGCCAGCAGAUGCUGUCGCUUGGGAUCGUGCUCUUCGAGAUCCCGUCCAAUAUGGUGCUAUAUCGCGUAGGCCCUGGAAAAUGGUUAACCCUGCAGCUCUUCCUCUUCGGCCUUCUAUGGGUCUUCCUCGCUACCCGAUUGAUCUUGGGUAUCACUGAGUCCGGCUUCAUUCCGGGAGGGCUGUGGACACUAUCUACCUGGUACACACGGAAAGAGACUGCCAAACGAGUCAUGAUCUUCUACUUCGGCAACCAGUUCGGGCAGGCUUCGGCCAAGCUGCUCGCAUAUGGCAUCCUUCACAUGCGAGGAGUAGGAGGUCGUUCCGGAUGGUUCUGGCUCUUCGUCCUCAUGGCAACCUUCACCAUCCUUUGCGGAGGCAUUCUAGGUCUUUUCCUCCCGGACUCCUUCAAGAAACCUCAUGGCACGUUCCUGCCUAAUGUGGACAUCUUCACUGAACGAGAGAUCUACAUCUUGAACAAGCGGGUCAAGCUCGAUGACCCAGCAAAGGAUAGGAAGAAGAAGCGAAUCGGUUUGUCGGCAUUCAAGAAGGCAUUCAGCAACUGGAGAAUGUGGAUACACCUUCUCAUUACAUUAUGCAAUAAUGGCUCUAACGCUUUGGCAUCCAUCGGUCUGUUCAUUCAGAUCCCGGUCUCGUUCACGUUCUCGUACAUCUCGGAUCACUUCAAUAGACGUGGCGAAACGGUGAUUGCCGGCUUGAGCAUGACCGUACUAGCCUACAUCUUCAACAGAAUCUUCACUGAGAUCAGCAACAGAGGCCUACGCUACUUUGGCGUGGUCUGGACCCAGACGUUCGGGACGUUCAGCCAUCCACUGAAUAUCACGUGGAUGUCGCUCACUUGCACUGAUUCGGAGGAGCGAGCGCUGGCGAUGGCAAUGGUAAUCAUGAGAGCCAGCUGCGCCGGCAUCUACGGCGCUCAGCUCUACCGCUCCGACGACGAACCACGCUACCGUAGAGCCUUCUCAGUCUGUAUCGCGGUGCUGAGGCUCGGGACGUUGCUCGCCGCUGUAAGAAAGGUCGACGAGAUUCUCAUCCGCCGCAGUGGCGGCAAUGCAGAGGAAGAGGAUCUGGGCGGUGCGGAGCGGGAGGUAUAUGACGAGCUCAAGCCCACGGAGCCAAGCAGUGCGCUGCCGCGACCGACGCUGGUUGAUGGCAAUGUCAAGCCGAUCGCGGCGCAGGAGACGUAG